CAAUCAUAGGGGCCAGAUGCCUCCGCACAGGGACUGUCAAACUGGCACCCAUUGACACACUCGAUCGUCUGUCCAAUGCGAACAGGCAAUGACAGAAACGACUGGGAUACUAUGGUGUAUGAGGUUAAUGAUUUGAUGACUUGACGAGCUCCCUGGGGGCAAGAGCGGUGUUGGCUAUUUUUGGGUGUACCGAUACCUCGUGGUAAACAAACAACUGCAGAGCCCCCGGUUCACAUAUCACUCGAGCAUAAAAUCCUCCGUCUUCAAUAUUACAGCGCCGCAAUAGAUGAAAUGUCUCAUGAAAUCCCUUGGCCACCCGAGUCUCCCAAAGCUGCGCUUCUCAGCUCCCCUAGCGGUCGCAGACGAUACGAUGCGCAAAUCUCCCGCUCCCCAAUCAAGCGAUCUGCAACCACCCCGAAUCUGCUCGAUCGCCUUCGGGCGGCGCGCAAGGAUAAAGAACACUUCUCAAUGGAUGAGAAUAUGGAUGACGAUUUAGAAGAAGAUGAAGAGACUUUACAGCUCAAGCUGGCCGCGAUCGAGGCAAAGUUGAAGUUGAAAAAGUUGCAGCAAAACAAAGCCAAAGCAGCGACUGCUGGCAAGGAGCCAUUGCGGCCGAGUUCGGCACAGGCUUCAACCUCAGCAUUCUCGGAUUCCGCAUCAGAACCGGCCAAAGUGGAGGUUAAGGUUUCCCCAGCUAAACGAGCACAGCCGGUUGCUCAACAGCGGUCUCCUUCUCGGGUUCUGCUUGGUAUUGAUAAGGGGGUUAGGGGCAGCGACAUCUCUCUUCGCCGAGCCAACACCACGGCCGGUGCCACCCAUGCCAGAGGCGAGGUCUUGUCGAGCAGAAGUGACCGUCCCUCUUCGCGGUCGUCAGCCUUCAGCUCCGCACGAUCAGCUGUCACGGCAAAAUCAGCAUUAAGUGAAGGCAACAGCAUGAAAACCUUCAGCGAGAGAAUGGCGGAAGCACGACAGCGUGUGAAGGCCCGGGAAGAGCAACGCGAGACAACGAGCCGCAUUCGUGGCAAAGGAUUCGAGCUGGACCAAGCGGAAAUUGAGAGGUACAAAUCAGCCGCGAUAGAAUCUCGCAGCCAUGAAGCUCCCAAAUCACCAGUCCGUCAAUUGCACUCUGAAGCAUACAGUCGCGAGGACAUUGUCAAUGCAACAAAGCAGGGAAGUUCCAGCUCCCGGCGCCUAGAGAAGAGUCAGGCCAACCUUGGGUCGAGAGCUUCACCGUCGAGGCCAUCAUCUCGAAAUUCCCCUUCAGAAAUUAGGCAGCAAGCGGAUGCCUCUCUAUUUGAAGGCUAUUCGCAACUACAUCUAUCCUCACGCAUACUACCGCAUUCGUUCCUCAAACGAACUUUAGCGCCAGACAGAUUCACAAUCUACCGAGUUCCAGAUCUUUUAAGAGAAAUCAAAUCGCCCGAGUUCGAAUUGCCCGAUGGGGUAUGCGACUACGUAGUUUGCGGCGUCAUUGCAUCCAAAUCCUCUCCAAUGGACCAUAAAACGCCGGCCCCAGACAGCUCAACGGUAGGCACGAAAGACUGGGAACAGCAGUGGGAUGAUGGUUCGAAGAACCAACGACGAUUUAUGGUUUUGACAUUGACAGACCUCAAAUGGACAGUUGACUUGUACCUGUUUGGCACCGCAUUACCACGCUACCACCGACUCACACCGGGGACGGUGGUGGCUAUCUUGAAUCCUGGAAUUAUGCCACCAAAGUCCGGGAAAACGGACACCGGCGCAUUCAGUUUGACCUUGAGCAGCGGUGAUGAUACGGUCCUGGAGAUCGGAACCGCUCGCGAUCUUGGAUACUGCAAGACACUCAAGAAGGACGGCAAGGAGUGCGGCAGCUGGCUGGACUCAUCAAAGACUGAAAUCUGCGAGUGGCAUCUUAAUGCCGAGCUAAACAAAGCUCGUGCGACACGUAUGGGCGUCAAUACUGGCACUAAUGGCUUCGGUGGGACUGGACCUGGCAGUCGCCGAUUUUUCGACAAAAACGUACGUUCAUCAAACCGCCAGAACGGUCUGCAACCCCAAGACGGCCACCGAUACGACAGAUGGACAGGAAGCCAUUACUAUAUUGCGAAAUCCAACACCGGGCCGGCUCCUGGUGCAGUUCAUGCCGCCCGCGGACAUGGCGGUUUGGGGGUUGGUUUUGACGAUGACCCCUUCAUCCCCGAGGGCAAACUUACUCGCGACCGCGACGCCCGGCUGCGAAAACACUUUGCGGUCCAAGAGAAGGAGCGCGAGAUUGCCGAGAAGCUGGGCUCCGGCAAGCAUGCUGGCUUUGGUGGUGCCGGGGCCGAGUAUCUGCGACAGAAAGCCAAAUCUCGAGCUGAGGCAUCGGCCAAAGAAUCGUCUACAAACACACGGGGACCGGAGGACAACCAACCCUCGAGGUCAAACAGCGCCGUUUCCCGGACACAUAUCCUCGGAAAGGAUGCCAACGACGCUUCGGCCAGCGGAACCGGCGCUGUGGUUCCUCGGAAACGCACUGCGGCUGAUGUGCGUCUGUCACCGGUCAAGAAGACGCGGUUCGUUACAUCCAAAGGCAUCAAAGAAGCAGGGCGGGAAAGCCUGGGUGUUGCUGCCGCCCCUGCACCGGACGAAGGAAGCGGCAGCGACGAUGACUUGGAAAUCAUUUAGUGGAAUGUUUAACCAAGUCUUUUAAGCAGCGGGAUCGGGCAACGUCUUUGCCUUUCACGCCAGCAUUCCUGGGUACCGCUGGGCCAUGUUGGUAGAAUGACAGUCCUAUGCUUGAGAAGUGAUGGGUAGCUGUUCUGGCUCAGCCAGCGCCUUUAAGUAGAAGGCGAUCAGAGCUUAAUACCUUUACAGGAUAUCAUCAAAAACACGGACUGUACCAAAUUGUACUAAAGUACCCUUCAAGUUUUUUU